AUGGCACCCAGCCUACUGCUAGACCCAGAGACGCCACCACCUUCUUUCGCCCAGCAUGGCAAACAAGCCUUCAUGCCUGACGGCGGCGUCUCUCUCAAGGAGGCUCAAGCUCCAGUUGGCGGCGAGUUUUCUUUUACUUCGGCAGCCAUAAACAGCAAUGGAAACGGCAACGGCGCCGUUAACGGCAACGGGCUCUCCGGUGUUCAGCGAAGCGGGGAUGAUUUUCUCAAUGCUGAGACUCUUCUUCAGCAGUCUCAGACCUAUGCAUCUCAGCCUCAGCAUCAGGGUGACAAGAAGCGUCCAAAUAUCUUGUAUAUUAUGGCCGAUCAGAUGGCUGCACCUAUGCUAAAGUUCAAUGACCCAGAGUCAGUGAUCAAGACGCCUCACCUUGACGAGCUUGCCAGGACUGGCGUCAACUUUGCGAGCGCUUACUGCAACUCACCUCUGUGCGCGCCUUCCAGGUUCACCAUGUGCAGUGGCCAGCUUCCUUCCAAGAUCGGCGGUUACGAUAACGCUUCUAUCCUUGGGCCUGAAAUCCCAACCUACGCACACUACCUCCGCCGAGAAGGCUAUGAGACAGCGCUUGCGGGCAAGAUGCACUUCAUCGGCCCCGAUCAACUCCAUGGAUUUGAGCACCGACUUACUUCCGACAUCUACCCUGGCGAUCUCGGAUGGUCUGUCAACUGGGAUAAGCCAGAAGAGCGCCAAGAGUGGUACCACAACAUGUCCUCGGUCAUGCAAGCCGGUCCGUGUGUGCGCUCCAACCAGCUGGAUUAUGAUGAAGAUGUGAUGCACAAGUACCUAUACGACUACGUCCGCUCGGAUCCUGAGACACGUAGGCCUUUUGCUUUGACCAUCUCUUUGACCCACCCGCACGACCCCUACACUAUGAUCCAGGAAUACUGGGACCGAUACGAAGGUGUUGAUAUUCCCCUGCCCAAGGUUGAGAUUGCGCAAGAGAACCAAGACUCUCACUCGAAGCGACUCCUCAAGACCAUCGACUUAUGGGACCACCCCGUACCGGAUGAGGCCAAGCUUCGCGCUCGUCGUGCUUACUUUGCUGCCUGCAGCUUCGUCGACGAUCAAGUCGGCAAACUCGUCAAGCUUCUGAAGAACUGCAGACUGGACAAAGAUACCAUUGUUGUCUUCUCGGGCGACCACGGCGACAUGCUUGGCGAGAGGAGCUUGUGGUACAAGAUGAGCUGGUACGAGAACAGCUCGCGGGUGCCGAUGAUCAUCAACGGCCCCAACUUCGCGCCCAAGGAAGUCAAGGAGUCUGUAUCCACCAUGGAUCUUUUGCCAACGUUCGUCGAUCUAGCAGGUGGACACGUCGACGAACGCCUACCUCUUGAUGGUUCCAGCCUCCAUGACUACCUCGUUUCGGACAAGCCUGGCAAGGACGAAGUAUUCGGUGAGUACAUGGGCGAGGGUACCGUCACCCCAACCUACAUGAUCCGUCGCCACCAGUGGAAGUUUACCUUUUCUCUUGCCGAUGGUCCGCAACUCUACAACCUCGCCGAAGAUGCCCAAGAGCUGCAUGAUCUCGCAAACUCUCCCGAGACCCACAACCAAAAGGUGCUUGCCAGUUUCAUGGCCGAGGCCGAAGCUAAGUGGGAGUUCAAGCGGAUUCACAACGACGUUCUGCGAAGCCAGCGCAUGCGACAGCUGGCCUGCGGUGCGCUGAAGAUUGGGCGCAAAGAAUCUUGGGAUUAUCAACCACCCUCUAACGAUAAAGAUCGCUUCAUCCGUUCGCACAUCCCUCUCGAUGAGCUUGAGCGUCGUGCUCGCUUCCCUGUAGUGGACUAUUUUGGCCGUGAGAAGUCAGCAUUGGCAUCCCACCAUGGUGUUGCCGGAGCAGCUGGCGAGUGA